CGGGUGGGCCGGGCCGGGGCCGGGUCUGUCUCCGUCUCCGCGGCGGGCUCGGGGCAGCGCGGAUCUCGAGCAGGGCCCAAGCGGCGGCCGAGGCCGCGGUGCCGGCGGCGGGAUGGCCYUGGUGCCCUACGAGGAGGGAGGCGGCUGGGCAGCGCGGCACCUGCACAGCUCUUCGGCCACUUUCCACUUCGCCAGCCGCACCAUCCGUCUCCAGCAGGACUGGCGGCGGCUCGGCGUGGCGGCCGUGGUCUGGGACCCGGCUGUUGUCCUGUGUGCUUAUCUGGAGAUGGAAGGCAUUGAUCUCAGGGAUCGGUCUGUGAUUGAGCUGGGAGCUGGAACUGGAUUACUGGGAAUAGUGGUCACRUUACUAGGUGCCCGUGUUACCAUCACAGACAGGGCRGCAGCACUGGAGUUCCUGGCGUCAAACGUGCAGGCAAACUUGCCCCCUGAACUGCGUCUCAGAGCCGUGGUGAAGGAGCUGACGUGGGGAAAAGACCUGGAUAACUUCCCUCCAGGAGCAUUUGACUUCGUCCUGGGUGCAGACAUUGUUUAUCUGGAAGAAACAUUUCCAGAACUGCUUCAGACACUGGAGCAUCUGUGCUCAGAGCAAACGGUGAUUCUUCUUUCCUGUCGUAUCCGCUAYGAACGGGAUCUCAGAUUCUUGAAGAUGCUGAGAGAGCGUUUCUCUGUACAUGAAGUCCAUUAUGAUUCCAGUAAGGAUGUUCAUAUCUACAAAGCACAGAGAGGUAGUUGCAAGGAUGAAUUUUGACUCUAUGCUUGGUUAAGAAGCCACUGUUACUGUUCGAUUCUCCCCUUUGUUUCUACUCAAUCCACUUUGUUCGUAAGCAUGAAGUUGCAGUUGUGUUAUUUCACUGGCUUCUUUUUCUGAUGGUCUGGUCUGAUCACAUUCUGAUAGAGCAAGGAUUGUACUUCUGUUCUACAUAUUGAACCUCUACUUCAUUUCUGAAUAGAGUUGUAUAGGGUGUUCCACUGUUUUGAUCAAAUGUAUCAAAUAUUUGAAACCAAUUUAAGUUACAGAAAUUUCCAGCAUUGAAAUUGUUAUAUCAAAAGGUCUGUUGUUUGAAAUCAAACCACAAUUUACUUCAGGGGGAAACUUAAAUAGAUUACAGUGGGGUUUUUUCUCUUCAUCACUUCUUUAACUCUUGAAAAGUAAGAGUGGAUGAAAUAAAAGCUAAUGCUCCAGCUCUAAAUGCUUUAACUCUUCAGGACUUCUGCAUCUUAGAAGUUGUGAUAAAAGAAACCACUUAAAGGGCGAAAAGAAACAAAAGCAGAUGCUAUAAAGUUGUUCUAUUGCUGUCACUGCUGCAUUGAAGAGGCACAGUGAAAAAGAUCUGGAGAGGCACUGGGAAUAGAGAUUGCAGAGUAAUCCAGCUUAGAAAUCAAUGGUAUUUUUGCCUGACUUGCAAACGUGUGGGCUACACUGCAGUACGAAGCAGUUGUGGUUCAUGAGUUGUCCCUAACAAGUGUCCCUCACACAGAUAAGGCUCCUUGGAGGAGAUAUACAUGCACAUGUGCCAGCCAGGAAAGUGCAACAAGGAGACUGAAWCUGUUCUUAAAAUAUCAAAUCAGUCCUUGACUCUCAAAGUACCACUAGAUAAUGUUCUACUUUGUGCCUUUGUUUGUCCUCUGUCUGUCUCAGAGCUGUUAUUUAGGGAAGGAGGGUGCUCUGUAAAGUCAUUGUAGCAGGGGAAGUAUUUACUCUUGCAURCUUGGGACCUUGGGGCAGUGUCUAGAUUUCAGUGUGCUUAGAGUGCACAAUGGUAGUUAAGACACUGCUCUAAAUGACAAAUCUUAUACCUUGAGCUUGUAAAACACGUCURUGUGUUUAUCCCACUAGAUUCCCAAAUCCAAUUUGCACCAGCAGCAGACUUCCUUAUGUUUCUAGUAGUGGAAGAAUGAAACUGAUGAAAACAAUAGGGUAACAGAAGACAGCUACACCUCUACAUGCAGAAAUUGCUUUACUACCUCAUGCUUUGUGUUGAUGUGGACCUUCUUUUGCUUUAACUUUAAACUCAGAAAGUCUCAGGUCAGGCUCAGAUUUUGAGCAUGUGCAUGUGUUUGGCACUGGUAACAGCAAACAGCGGCAGCUGCUUUGGGCCAUGGACAUUUUAGAACAUUUUGUCACUUCUGCCCCCAUCAUACUUCCUGGCUGGUGGUCCAGAAGUGCUGUGCUGACUGUAGUGUGGAAAUUACACAUUUAUCAUUAAGGUUUGUGCUUCAUCCCUGGCACAUCCUUGMAUGUUUUCAGCGAAGCUCCUGGCUUGGCGUAGGCUCAGUCUGGGACUUGCUGCUCUGAAACACUGUAACAGUAUCCUCAGAAGCCACAUGGUGUCACUAAAACAGUACUUUGGCAGCCGGCUGGGAAUUCGCAGCCUGAAACUGAAGUCGGUUCGGGGGAAGACAGCACCUUUAAUUGUAAACAGAUUGCGAGGUGAGCUCCAACGUGUCAGGUGUAGCUUCAUCUGUCCUAUCAGCUGGGUGAGCAAUGGUUUAAAAGAAUUAUGAUCUCUCCUCCCUCUCUCUGGCUCUUGUUUUCUGAGUGUGGCUGUAAGUUCUCAUCUCUCCUCUUCCUUUUCCUCCCCACUGGUGUUUCCUUGUCUCCAAGCUGGUCUGGGAUUAGGCAUUAGGCUCGUCUGCACCUCAGGCUCCCCCUGGGCAGGAGCUGGCAGAAAGCAGUGCUGGCAGAAAGCUGGUGCCUGGGYUUGUGAGUGCCCAGCAGAACUUUUCUGUGGGAAAAGCCUGGCAGUGCUCGGCCCUCACAAGAGGCUGGAGCUUGCAGUACUGACAGCCAUAGCAGCUUGCACUGUUGCCAUAGCAGGAACAUGCUAAAAAGCUUGCUUAAAUAACACAGAAUAAAGCCUGGUACAGCAACUGACACACUUCCAAGAAGGGGGUUUCACCCCAGGCCUUGCUGUGACAAUAGAAACAAUUUUGUACUUUGAAAACAAAUCAGUUUAAUUCUAUMUCUAAUUGCUUAGUUAAGUUUUCAGUGUCAGAUUUCCCACUGCUGCUGUUACAGUCCMCAGCCAUCCUGCCGGAGCAGGCAUGUGCCAAUAGAGACCAGGCUUAGCUGCUUUUGCUGUGCUGCUGUAACACAGCAGCUGGAUGAUAACCCAAAGGAGUAUGUUUGAAGGCUGAAGUGAUGCUACUGCCCAAAAAGAAUGGUGGAGAAAAGCAGCAGAUGGCACUGGCMACUCAGGUGAGUGCCUUGCCCCUGACCUGCCGAGCUGAGCUCUUGGUGGUCCCUCCCCAGCACAGCAAGUGGCACCCCGAAGGGGAUGCCUUCUCCUCUGACUGCUACUGGGGUGCAGGUCCUGUUAGAUUUAGGAGACCAGAUCCAGGAAUGCUGCAGUUAGGCUACAACAUGUGCAUGUCAGUUGUGGUUGCACUUAAAGCUGCAGYGUGUAGGGGCAGGAUCAGCUUUGAGAAUGUAACUCACUGAAACCCGCAGGCCAUUCCCCCUGGGCAGUGCUGACAGGAUGAGAGCACUCAGGACCUUCUGUUGGCGCACAAGUUUUUGGCAUUUCCAUCACACUUACCUUCAGGGAGAGGUUGGGAGCAAGUCAGGCCACCAGUGAAUCACGCCAGAGGAGGACAGUGGAGGACAGAAACAAUAGAUGUCACUGCUGGCAAGUGAACACAGAGAACAACCCUCUGGAGAGACACCUGCAAACUCUGGGGUCCCGCCCCACAGGUCCUGAAGCAGUAUGAUACAUGGAACACCUCAGCAGCUGUUCAGCCAUUAUACUGAGACCUUGCCCAUGCACCUUCUGUCACCCUGUUCAUCCCAGCACUAGAGAAUCCCACUCUCCUUCAGGUGGUUCCAUUGCACUGGUUCUGUUUUAUGACAGAUAAUCUGAGCUCAUCUGUAGGAAGGAUGUGUUUGGGCACGGUUCCAGAGUAGUGGGGCAAUACACAAAGGGUCUCUUGAGAAAUUUACUCACCCUAGGCAGUGGUUCAAGCCACAGAAAAGUGACCAGGUAAGACAAGACCUGCUGUAAGACUCAGAAACUAUCCCUGAAACAUGCCAUUUUGCAAGGGAAAAAACUUUUCCAAAAUAGCCAUUGCAACUAAGGUGAUGUUUGAUUGAUAUCAAGAUACACAGAAUGAGCUCAGCUCUGCAUGUUAUUUAUGGACUAAGAGCUUCAAGGUGCAGCAGUGUCAGAAGAGUCAGGUCUCACUAGCUGACUGCACAGGGAUCUGUGUUACCCAGUUCUUAUCAGCGCAAAAUUCAAGCCAAACGACAUUUUUAUAUCUCAGGGACUAACCCCUGUUUGGGAUUCUCCCUCAUUACCGUAGAUUUUUCUAAGCAAGAAUGUGAAUGGCAUUAAGAAAACUACAAAAUCCCAGCUGUAAUGAGAUGACCUUACUGCUUCCCCUUGAUUUCACUGGAGGUGUGUUUACCUCAGCGCUGAAUUUGUUCUCCUGGCUUUCAUCCCAGUGUUUGGAUACAGCCUCCCAGAUUACAUAAUAGGGCUGUGAUCCUCUCAAAUGCUGCCUUCUGUUGCUGUUGUUAUUAAGAUCAGUAGUACAUGGUUUACAGGAAUGCUUAAGAGUGAGACAUGCAGUAUAUUUAAAGUGUGAAAGGCUUAAGUCUUUCAGACAUUAUUAAACAACUGCCACCAGAAUGAAUACUGGAAAGCAGGUUUAAAAACAUCUGGAGGAAGAGAAWCUUUGUUUUUCAGGACUUAACCUCUGACUAAUCUAAUUCAGUUAAGAUUAAAAAAUCCUUCUCUUUGGGGAAAAUACCUCAUGAAUACUUAGAGCAGGCCACAGAUCGAGAGGACACCACAGACUGCUCAAAAUAUGCCUUUUCCCGUAUUCCUCUAGCUACCAUUUGCCAAUACAUUAGUGUAAAUGGAAGACCCUGCUCAAAAAAGAGACUUUGUAGAGUUUUUUAAAGCAUGUUUAUGUGACUGCACAUAAAUGUAAAUGUCUGUGUAAAAAGGGAGUUAUGACAGUUUAUACCACAAAGGUUACAGUAAGAAAAAGCACUUCUUUAUGACAAUAAUUCACAAAUUCACAAGAAUCACUUUAAUAUACAAAGCAAUUACUACCAUUCUGAAACACAAAGCAGCUAAUAUGUACAUAGUGUUAAUAAAAUGCAUUAUAACCCAGUACAAUUUUUUUUAAACACAGAUAAAGCACAAAAAGAAGUUAAAAAAAAAAAAAAGAACAGAACACCACAGGGAUGUUUCUAGAUUUUUGGGGAGAUGUAAAAAAGAGUUUGUUUUCCCCCAAUAAUGGAUUUUCAUUUAGUCUUUUAACUUCUACAAAUAUGUGGGAGUCAAGCUCAAAUACCCUGUUCUGUGCUGACAUAGUCUGGGUAAAGAAUCAGAAAUGCAGAUGAGGUGAACAUAUUCUUUCCAGCUUACACUGCAAAGGGAGAAUAAUAACCCUUGCCCUGGAAGCUUCCCUGAAAAACAUUGUUUCAAAACAUUCAAAUUAUAAAUCCAGAGUAAAAACAACUCACUUUUGAGGUGAACAACCAAUCUGUGGAUAAGUCUGUGGAGGGGUUGGCUGCCAACUAGCACCUCUUCUUGCCCUGUUCCCAUCCCAAGAAGUCCAUUAGAAGCAGCACAGUUUCAAAUUUCACAUAAACUUGAAGUUGUAUAACUUUUUAAAAUUAAUGUUUUAAUAUAAAUAAAUGUAAUUAAACAUACAAAAAAAAAUGGAGUGGCACCUGGAUAAAACACAGCUUGUGGAAAGCACCCAAACAGCCUUAGUUCUUACGAGUGGCCAUUUCCAGAGAAGUAACAGGCUCAAGGGCUGUCUUCCCCAUGCUCUCACUCAGCUAUCCCCUAAUUUAGAGAAGUUUGUAGCUGAAGUGAACUGAGUGCCCGAGUCAUGAGUGCAGGAACGCCCAGCUUACGGAGUGUGCCAACCAUGGGUGAUUGCAGCCUGUCCCUGGCCCUUUCCCUGCCAGCACACAGCUCCAGGCACAGCUCAMUGCUCCUGAAAGCAACCCUGAACUCACCCCAGAGCAAGUCACACUCACUGCACCUGCAGUGCCACACAGCAAACAGGGCACUCUCUUCCACUGUGCCAUGCAAARCAGCCCAAGCACAUCUCUUUGCAGGCCACAGCUUAAAUACAUUUAACAAACACAUUUCAAGGCAAAACACUUGAAAUGUAAACCCUUUUYACCACCUGGGUCUGGUCCCUUUUCCCCAAAGAUGUUCAAACUUAAGCUGUUUCUAUCCACAGACCUGAACCUGUCACAAGCACACAGUGGGUGGAUUUCAGCAACUUCUCUUCACCAGUCUGGCUUCUUUCAGACCGACUGAGCUUCAGAAUAUAUUCAGGUUUUUGUAAAAUCAGUGUCUUCUACAGCUAGCAAAUCACACAGCUCAGGAAAUCUAGUUCCCAGGCAGAUGACAAAGAACCAUCAAUGUACUGUAUGCUUUUUAAAACCUGCUCAUAGUGACAGACUUCAGGGUUAAAUUAUCAUUUCUGCAAAAGAAAGGUUGUUGUGCUUUUCACACAGGGUGACACAUUCUCAAUGUACCUUUACUUCCUGRUGUCAAAUUACUGGAAAGCCUUUCAAUUUAUUUUCUUGGAAUGCAGUUUGUACAAUCUGCUGACAAAUMUCAAAUUAAGAAAAGGG